UGAGCAGAAGAUCCGGGAGCGAGUGCCCACACUCAAGAUGGCGGCCUUGGGAGGGCGUGACUAGCGACUCCGGUGCGGAGAGGAGUAGGGUCAUGGCGGCGGCCGAAGCGCGGAGUCCGGGGAACUGGGAAGAGGAGGAAGAGGAGGCAGAGCAGUUGGUUCUAGUAGAAUUGUCAGGAAUUAUUGAUUCAGACUUUCUCUCAAAAUGUGAAAAUAAAUGCAAGAUUUUGGGAAUUGACACUGAGAGGCCCAUUCUGCAAGUGGACAGCUAUGUCUUUGCUGGAGAGUACGAAGACACUCUUGGAACCUGUGUUAUAUUUGAAGAAAAUAUUGAUCAUGUGGAUGCAGAAGGCAAUAAUAAAACAGUGCUAAAAUAUAAAUGCCAUACAAUGAAGAAGCUCAGCAUGACAAGAACUCUUCUGACAGAAAAGAAGGAAGGAGAAGAAAACAUAGGUGGUGUGGAAUGGCUGCAAAUCAAGGAUAAUGAUUUCUCUUAUAGACCCAAUAUGAUUUGUAGCUUCCUACAUGAAAAUGAAGAUGAAGAAAUUGUAGCUCCAGCCCCAGAUAAGCCUUUGGAGUUGGAAGAGCAAGAGAUUCAAAUGAAAGAUAAUUCUAACCUGAGUUAUGAACAGGAGAAACCACUGCAUUUGGAAAUAGAAGAUUCUGGUCCUCUUAUUGAUAUUCCUUCUUCUGAAACAGAAUGUUCUGUUUUUAUGGAAACUCAAGAUGCUGCCUUUGAAACAACUCCUAGAUGAAAUGUUUUUUGUAAUGAUUAGUCAUGAACUUUUAAGAGCUUUUAUAUAAAAUAAUUGACUUUUUAGCUUUCAGUUCGCUAUUUUAUUAUUUUCGUUGGCUAUACACAUAUUUCCAAUUAUAGCUACAACUUAAUAUGCCAGAAUCAUGAAGGACCAGAUAUAAAUUAAAUUUUAAAAAAUAUGGUUUAAAUGACUAUAGGAACCUUUCUCUGAUGAGUUUUUUAAAUUGGAGGUUUUACUAAGGUAAGUGUAUAAGUUUUCUAUUGCAGCCAUCAAAAAUUACCACAAACUUAGUGGCUCAAAACAACAAAAUAUAUUUUCUUGCAGUUUUAUAAGUCAGCAGUCUGACAUGGGUCUCACCUGGGCUAAAAUCAGAUGUUGGUAGGACUUCAUUCUUUUCUGAAGGGGGCUGGUGGAUAGAGAUGACAUUUUCUUGUUCAUUCAGUUGUUGGCAGAAUUCAGUUCCUUGCAAUUGAAGAGUCAAGGUCCUUUUUCAUUGCUGUCAGCUAAGGGCCAUUCCCAGCUUCUAGAGGCCACCUGUAUUCCUUGGCUCAUGGUUCCCUUCUCCACAAAGCCAGAAGUGGUGGGUCAGGUUCCUCUCUCACAUAAAAUCUAUUAUGCUUCUUCCAUUAUCCUAUUUCUGACUAACCUUUCUUGCCUUCCAUCUUUAAAGGUUCAUUCGAAUGCAUUGGGCCCACUUCACUAUUUUAAGGUCUAUAACAAUUCUAUCUUCAAAGUCCUUUUUGCUAUGAAACUUAAACAGGUGUAAAACAGGAGUAGGGCAUGAGGAUCUUUGGGUGUGGGGCAUUAUCCAGUCAACCACAGUAAAUAUUAUAUGUCUAGGAACAGAAAAAUACUUCAGGAUAAAGGUAAUGUUCCUGAUAUUCCAGCUAUAAAUCCAUUUCUUUCCCACCUGAGAAAGAUUGGAAUUCAGCUGUGUGUAGCAGUCAUUCUAUUAUGAUAACCUAGAUCUGCUCUAAUUUGUAUGUUUUUAUGUAAAUUAUUCAUAAACAUACCUCGUUACAGGUUGAACUGUAUAAAAUUGCCAAUAUUUGAUUGUUUAUAGAAAAACAGGUAAUUUCAUAUGGUUUAACCUGGUACUAAGUUAAAACACUUCAUAUUAAUUAUAUCUCGUAUAAUAUAUAACUAUGUUCUGACAUUAAAUAAUGUUCUAGGAUGAGUUUUUUUUCUUCAGUAAGUUUUGUACUUUACAAAAUAACAAUUUACUUUGAUUAAAAAUAUUUCCAAAUCAUAAGCAUGCAUAUCUUCCCAAUUUUUAUAUGACUUUUUAGUCUUAGCUUUUGUUUAAUAAAAAGCUUAUUUUUCCCACCAUA